AUGGGCUUCGACACUGCUUUGACCAGGGCGCUGGGCAUCCGAGUCCCUGUUGUCCAGGGUGGUAUGCAAUGGGUCGGAUACGCUGAGCUCGCCGCCGCCGUCAGCAACGCUGGUGGCCUUGGAAUCCUCACUGCCCUCACCCAACCAACCCCCGAAGACCUGCGCAAGGAAAUUCGCCGAUGCCGCGGCAUGACCAAGAACCCGUUCGGUGUGAACUUGACGCUCCUCCCGGCCCUCGUGCCUCCUGACUAUGGCGCCUACGCCCAGGUGAUCAUUGACGAGGGCAUCAAGAUCGUUGAGACCGCAGGAAACAACCCGGGCCCUGUCAUCAGGCAGCUCAAGGCCGCAGGCGUCACCAUCCUCCACAAGUGCACCACCAUCCGACACGCCAAGUCAGCUGUCAAGCUGGGCGUUGACUUCCUUUCGAUCGAUGGCUUCGAGUGCGCGGGCCACGUUGGCGAGCACGAUAUCACAAACGUCAUCCUCCUGAACCGCGCGCGUCAGGAUCUAGGCGGUGUGCCAUUUAUCGCGUCCGGUGGAUUCGCCGAUGGGUACGGGCUGGCUGCGGCGCUGGCGUUGGGCGCCGAGGGUAUCAACAUGGGAACGCGGUUUAUGAGUACGGUUGAGGCCCCGAUUCACCAAAAGGUGAAGGAGGCCAUCGUGAAUGCGGAAGAGACGGAUACGGCUCUUGUGUUGAGACGGUGGAAGAACACCUCGCGGUUGUUCUCCAACGAGGUGACGAAGCAGGCGCUCAAGAUCGAGAAGGAGAGCACGUCUGGCGAGUUUUCUGAUGUUGCGCCGUAUGUUAGUGGGAAGCGUGGGAGGGAAGUCUUCCUGAAUGGUGAUAUUAACUUUGGUGUGUGGACGGCUGGUCAGGUCAUUGGUGUUAUCCAUGAUAUCCCUACCUGCGGAGAACUACUGACUCGCAUUGAGAAGGAGGCAGCAGAGACGCUGACCAGAUCACAGUCGUUGUACAAGGCAACGCCGCAAAGCAAGCUCUAG